AUGGAUGACGACCCAGGCUGCCUCAAGGCUGGCCCCUGGUCUGCAAAAGCGUUCGACGCCAUAGCUCGCGCAAGCGCAAGAUUCAUCAUCUCCACCACCAACUUGAUGUUCAUCACGAUGUGCCACGGCACCUGGAACUUCCUAUCGGAAGUGCAAGUGCUCCGGCCGUUCCUGUACGCGUGGCGCACCGACAACUUUUGGCUGCACUCCAUCGGUGGCUGGACCAUGGGCAUCUGGACGAUGCUUCACGUGUAUUCCUUGCUCCUGCCUUCAUUGUUCCACGGCUUCAAGAAUGUGGCCGUCGGUGGCCCGGUAGAGCUUCCCUUUCAGGUGAGCCUCGCUGUGAGCAACGUCGACGUGGACAACAAACUCGCCAACUGGGGAUACGAUGACAUCUGGCGUAUCUUCUGGAUGACUCUUAUCUUUUGUGUCCUGAUACCGCUGUCGCGCUCGGCCUGGGCGCUCAAGAAGAACUUCACUCUCGCCAUGUGGCUUCACAUGGGCGUUGGCAUAGGGUACUUCUUCGACAAUUGGCGACGCAGGACACAUCCGCACGUCUGGAUCCUCAACACCCCCGUCUUUCUGUGGUACAUCGCGGACAAGGUCUGGUGCUCAACAAGGGGUAGCGAUGGCACAGAGAUGGCGCACCCGUUCACCACGUGCUCGUCCCAUGACACGCCCAACAAACCAGCCACCCUCUCCGACACUACGGCGGUGAACACCAUGAUCGAGGUCCCGACAGACACCAGCGUCCACUGGAAAGGCCACCGGUUCUUGCUCGCCAGCGGCGGUCAGCGAUCCGUCACGACGGACCCUAAGCACCGUAACGUGCCAUCCUUCUUCAGUGGCAGAAGCCUCGGGACGCAUGGCUCGUCUGGGAGCAAGGACAUCGACGUGGAUUCUAUCUUCGAUGACGACGAGAAGGAGGAGCCAGAGGAAACCACGAUGAUUGGGGUGGACGUGCGCCCAGACAUUGAUGAGGUCUCCGUCAUCGUGGGAGGGCUGAAGCCGACGGCUUCCCGCUCGCUAAGCCUCCCACUUCCCGGGACGAUUUACGGACCAGAGACGGAGGUCGGCACGACGAACGACGGAAAUGGUUUCAACCCUGCAAGGCCUGACAAGCUUGUCAGAGAGAAGACCGGUGCCGAUGUCGGGGGGGCAAACAGAAAGGCGGUGAUCAAGAGACUCAACACGACAGCUUUCAAAGAGUACCGCAAGGCUGACGCUGAGAAAGGGCAGCUGGCAACAAUCCAGGCAGGGUCUUGGAGCAAGAUGGCCAUCGUUAAAGUAAACCGGAGGACGUCCAAAGCCAAGAAGUGCAGCUGUAUGGGGCUCACAUUCAUCUUGAGGAUCUUCCGUGACCCCGAGACUUCGAGCAUCGCCGACCUUGAGGCGGCUCAGCGGAACCCAACGUUUGAGCUUCGCACCUACGGGCCCUACCGUUCAGAGUACGGCCGCCUGGUGGAGUUCCCACACUUGCCCCCCCUGCUGAUCGUUGCUACAGGUGCGGGAGCGGCUCUCGUGCUUGACUUCAUCGGGUAUGUUAGGGCCAACAACAUCGUGCCUUUGCGGCCGGUUUCGGUGUACUAUUCCUCUGCUAGCCUGGCACUGCUUCAGUUCGUCACCAACACCCUUCUCGCCGAGCGGUCCCCCGGGAUUCACAUCCAGACCGCUCUGACACGCCACGAAGAUCUUCAGAUUGUUGAUGAGGCCAGCGGCCCCGAGCCCGAGCUGGUCAUGGGUCGUCUGGACAUCAAGAACAUCAUCGGUGAAGUUUCCCAAGAAACGGAGGUUUACUUCUGCGGUGGUGGGGGCAUCAACGCGCUUCUUCGCGAGACGUGCGCUAGGCGUGGCAUCAAGUACGUCGGCAGUUCCGUCCAGUGA